AUGGGCUAUUCAGCAAAUAUGUUAUCCUAUGGUUAUAGUACGUUUUCUAAUGACAAAUGCAAUUAUACACAUUUAAUAAAAAGAAUUAUUCAAUUACUUCGUUAUUCAAAUUUAUUUGAUUUUGAUCAAUUAUUAAUUUCAACUCAAAUUGGACCUAUAGAAGAAAUUCGUGUUAGUGAAGCCUUAAAAACAGAUAUUACAUAUCUUUCAUCUUUAUGUGAACACGGUGAUCUAUAUUUAUGUGGUGCAUGUGCACAUUUACUUGUUACAUUAAUUAAAACAACAAUUCGUCUUUUAACACUAUCAUUAUUAUCAAAUUCUUUUAUUAAUCAAUGUUCACUUGUAUCAACUGAUUCAAAAGACAGUUCAAGGUUAUGUCUUAAUGAUAAUAAUACACGUGUUAUACAUGUUUCAUUAAAUGCUUUACGAGCAUUAUUACCUUUUUUAUUAAUUAAUACUCAUACAUUUACAAUCAUAGAAAUUGAAUUAUUAGAAGAUUCUAUUCAACAUACUACAAGUUCCUAUGUUCUUGCUAAAGUUAGUCUAGCUCAAUUUAUAGAUGAUAUUGAUUUUCGAAUAUUAACUUAUCUUGAACAAUAA